UAGCCCCUUUUCCCCGAUUCUUUCUUCUCUCGCCAUAUACUCGCAAUCUCAAACCCACCAAGAUGGGAUUACAGAACCACCUCCAUGACGUCUCUUCCGAUUCCAUUCCCCUCCUUCUCCUCCUCCACGUCGCCGCCGGCUUCAAUUACCUCCGCUCCUUCCUUCUCGGUUUCCUUCACUCUCUCGGCCUCUCCAGAUUCCACCCCCACACACCCGCCAUCGUUGACGAUGCCCUCCUCGCCGCAGUCGGAUCCGGAUUCGCCCGCCUCGCGAUACUUUCGGACCAGCUCCAUGCCAACUAUGAUCUCACCGACGACGACAGCACGAUUGCCGCCCCCUCCAUGUGUGUGGUGUGCCGGAGCAAGUAUAGGGAGGGUGACCAGGUAAGGAGGCUUCCCUGCCACCACGUCUUCCAUAGACGAUGCUUUGAUGCUUGGCUUCAUCAGCUCAAGUUUAAUUGUCCUCUCUGUCGUUCGGCUCUCGUCUCCGACGAGCGCGUGGCCCUCGCAGAGCGCCGCGUUGGGAGCGAGGCCUUAGCAUGGUUCUCUCUGCAGUGAGACGACGUCGUUUUGCUCCUCGGUUGCUGAUAAACCCGGCUUCGAGCCAUCGACGGUCCCAAUUUCCCCCCGUUUUUCUUUUGGGAUCUUACAGCGUGGAUGGCAAUUUUGAUUUUUUUUAUUAUAAUUAAUUUAAUAGACUAUCUUUAAACUCUUUUUUUAUAGGGGAUGAAAAAGUUGUUUUUCAAAGGGGCUUUGUGCUUGAGCUUGCUUUUUGAGAUGUAAAUAAUUAUCGAAUUUAGACUCUCUUUUUUUGUGAAUGAAAACAUUAAGAGAUUAGAUAUUGUAAUACGAAAUAAUAAUGCAAUUUCCAGAAUUGUUAUGGAA